AUGGCCAUCCCAAACAAACAAAUCCUCUACACCAAAACCCCCAAUCCCGCAAUCAACCCCGACUUGACCAGCGACAAUGGCACCUUCAGCCUCAAACAAAACAGCAUCUCCCUUCCCAUCCCCUCCGACAAGGUCCUCGUGCGCAACCACUACCUCUCCCUCGACCCGGCCAUGCGCCAAUGGCUCACCGCAAAACGAUCGUACAUUGCCCCCGUCGAACUCGGCGCCGUAAUGCGCAGUCUCGCAGUCGCACAAAUCAUCGACGUUGGCUCAUCGCUGCAAUCACAAUUUAAAAAGGGCGAAUGGUUAAUUGCUGUUACAGGCUGGCAGGAAUAUGCGCUGUUGAGUGCGAAGGAGGCCGCGACUCAGAGAGCGAAUGUGCCGCCUGGAUGUUCGCCCCUGGACGCCAUGACGGUUUUGGGUACAGUUGGUCUGACGGCUUAUUUUGGGUUGUUGGAAGUUGGGCAGUUGCGUGCUGGGGAUACGGUGGUUGUCUCUGGUGCGGCGGGCGCGACGGGKAUGAUUGUGGGCCAGAUUGCGAAAGUCAAGGGCGCGAAACGCGUUAUUGGGUUGGCGGGAAGUGCGGACAAGUGUCGGUUCUUGACGGAGGAGCUGGGAUUUGACGUCGCCAUCAAUUAUAAGGAUAAGGACUGGAAGAAGCAGCUGCGAGCGGCGUGCCCGGAUUACAUUGACGUGUAUUUUGAUAAUGUGGGUGGAGAGAUCCUGGAUGCUUGUCUGGGGCUUGCUGCGAAAGAUGCGCGGUUUGCGAUUAGUGGACACAUUAGUCAGUACUCUGCGGCGAAACCAGAGGGACCGAAGAACAUUAUGAUGCUGAUUGGACAACGAGUCAUGAUGAAAGGAUUUAUCUAUCUCGACUACCGUAAGAAAUUCCCUGCUGCUCUAGCCGAUCUGCAGCAGUGGUUGCUUGACGGCAAAAUCAAACGAAAGUACUAUAUCAUCAAGGGCGGUCUGGAGGCUUGUCCUCAGGGACUGAUGGACAUGUAUGCGGGAGCCAACACGGGCAAGACGAUGGUUGAAGUUGUCCCUUUUUCAGAGGCGAUUCCAGACGGCAACAAUACGGCUAAGCUGUAA